AUGGAAGUUUCAAUUUUAAAUGUAUAUCAAAUUCAUCGGGCGCCCAUUGCCUUUGCCUGCAUCGAUGAGGCCCAUUGUGUGUCCCAAUGGAGUCAUAAUUUUCGUCCCAGCUACUUGAUGAUCUGCAAGGUGCUCAAGAAGAAUCUGGGCGUCCAAACGGUGCUGGGAUUGACGGCAACGGCAACGUUGCCCACACGCAUCAGCAUCAUCAAUCACUUGGGCAUUACGGAUGGGGAACGUGGCAUUAUUAGUGAUAUUCCAUUGCCAGAUAAUCUGAUACUCUCCGUCUCCAAGGAUGAAAAUCGCGAUGAGGCGCUACUAAAGCUGCUUAACAGUGAGAGAUUCGAAAGCUGUCAGUCGAUUAUCAUUUACUGCACGCGUCGAGAUGAGUGCGAACGCAUUGCUGGCUUCAUUCGCACCUGUAUGCAGGAUCGCAAGUCCAGUGCAACGGAGGAGCAGACGAAGAAGAAGCGUAAGCGUGUCAACUUGCAGGCGGAGCCUUAUCAUGCUGGCAUGCCCGCCUCAAGGCGUCGCACCGUCCAGAACGCGUUUAUGUCCAAUGAGCUGAGGAUUGUGGUGGCCACGAUUGCCUUUGGCAUGGGCAUCAAUAAACCGGAUAUUCGUGCUGUCAUCCAUUACAAUAUGCCGCGUAAUUUUGAGAGUUAUGUGCAGGAAAUUGGACGCGCUGGUCGCGAUGGUUUGCCAUCCCAUUGUCAUCUGUUUAUGGACGCCAAGGGCGGUGAUCAGAACGAGCUGCGGCGUCAUGUCUAUGCCAAUUCCAUUGAUCGCCAUGUCAUCCGUAAGCUGCUGCAACGCAUCUUUGUGCCCUGCUGCUGUGAUAAGCAACUGGGCAAAUCAUCUGUGGAGUCGGCAGCUGUCAAUGAACCCUUGGAUGCAGCUGAUUUCAGUGAUGUGUCUGCUGGCCGUGCACACGUCUGUCCUGGCCAUGAGAUUGGCUUCUCGGUGGAGCAAACUGUCGAGGCAUUGGACAUACCAGCUGAGAAUAUAUCAACGCUACUCUGUUAUAUGGAAUUGGAUCCACGCUGGUGCAUGAAUGUGCUCAGCUCCGCCUACAUUAUGGCCAAGGUGAUAUCCUACGGUGGACCCAAGUAUCUAAAACAUGCCGCCAAGGAAUGUCCGCCUCUGGCAAUGGCCAUUGCCUUGCAGAUCAAGAACAAGACUUUUAAGGAAGAUGCCAAUAUUAUUGAGUUUUCUGUUAUUGAUAUUGCCGCCGGCAUUGGCUGGAACAGCGGUGUGGUCAAGUAUCAGCUGAAGAACCUGGAGUGGAUGCAAGUAAAUGGCUUUCCCAAGCGCUCACCGAUUACUGUGAGCUUCUUUGAUUUGGGUUUUCGCAUCAAGGCGCCGGGAGAUUUCAGUGAAGCGGAAAUUGAUAACGCACUGGACACGCUCUAUUCACGAUCGGUGAAACAGGAGCGCACUCAGCUCAUUCAGCUGCAGUAUGUGGCACACGGUCUGUCCGCUGUGGCAUACAACAUGUGCGCACAUUGUUGCAGCGUCGAUUUUCCCCAAGAUCGUUGCACACAACUGAAGGGCAUUGUUAGAAACUACUUUCGCAACGAUUAUCCACAGGAUUUGCAGCUGGAAAUUGAGCCCAGCGAUGUGCCGGAUGAUCACAUAAUUGCCGAUGUGCAUGCACUGAUCAACAUGUAUCCCGACAAUACCUUCAGUGGCCGCAACAUUGCGCGUAUUUUCCAUGGCAUCUCCAGUCCCAACUAUCCGGCUGUCAUGUGGGGGCGUUGUCAUUAUUGGCGUGCUCACACCAAAGUCGAUUUCAAUCGCAUUCUUAAGUUGGCCAAUAUGGAAAUUGUCAAAAGACGCACGUGAUUAUUACCUAUAUAUAUAAUAUGUCGAUAUUUUAUGUUUAUUUUUAUUCAAGUUAAAUUUUUCCCAACAUAAACUAACUUCUGGCUUGUUUUAUCU